AUGAAUCAAGACCUUCAAAAAGGUUUAAAAACAGAAAAUAUCGAUUAUUUAACAUGUUGGUAUACAAAUGCGACCUCUUUAAAUAAUAAAUUUGACGAAUUCAUUGAUGAUAUAUCCAGAUCUAAGGCUCAAGUUAUAUUUGCUUGUGAGACUUGGUGGUCAGCAAUGUCUACUACUAAUAUUCCUGGUUAUAAUCUGAUUAGAAAAGAUUGUCAAUUUAGUCGUGGUGGUGGUGUAUGCCUUAGUAAUAGUGAAAAGUGUAUUGACAUUAUAAAACCAUUAAAACAAGCAUUUGUACUCAAAAAAAAUAACAAAUGCUCUGGUAUUUUAAUAUGUGGUGACUUUAACUAUGCAAACAUCAAGUGGAACGAUGAAAGUUUUAGUGAAGUUAUAAAUGACAGUGACACAACAGCAAGUAUGUUUAUUGAGUUGUUACAUGACUGUUACCUGCACCAAAAUGUUAUCAGUCCUAGUUUUCAAGUAAAGUUUGGUAUUGAUACUAACAUUUUAGACCUCAUUUUGACUGACAAUAGCAACAGAGUUUAUUUUCUUGAACAUUUUCCACCGUUAGGUGGUAUCGAUCAUGGUCAUCAUAUUUUGAAAUUUCGAUUUGGACUAAGUGUUAAUGAAUGUUACAAAAAAUGGCUAAGAAAAUAUGAAAUAGGAUGUGAAAAAUAUAUCCCAACGCUAAAUUUAGAUAAAAACUCUUUUCAACUAAAAAAUAACUCACUAUGGAUGACAACUGAACUUAAAAGCAUGUGUAAAGAAAAGAAAAAAUAUAUAAAAAAACUUGUCAAGAAAAGUAUUCGCAAUUUUGAAAAAAACUUGGCACUUAAUUCAAAAAGCAAUCCUAAAAGUGUCUAUGCUUAUAUAAACAACAAAACAAGAGUUAAAGACUCGAUCAAAGCCAUAAAGCUACAUAAUGGUAUUAUAACUAAUGAUAAUCAAGAGAUAGUAAACACUCUUAAUAAAUUCUUUGCUUCUGUGUUUAUACAAGAUGACUCACCAGAAGAAGUUUUAGAUGAAAAUCUUUUAACAAAAUGUUCUGAUCCAGAUUUUAGUAUUUCUCUUAUUCAGAAACAUUUGAGUAAUUUAAACAUGUACAAAUCGGUAGGUCCAGAUAAUGUUCACCCAAAAUUUUUAAAGGAAUGUUCAGAAUCUUUGUCAAGUUCUUUAGCAAUAAUAUUUGUUAAAUCGUUUAUUACAGGAUCUAUUCCAAAGUUAUGGUCAUGUGCAAACGUUGUUCCGUUAUUUAAAAAAGGAAAUAAACUAGAUCCAACAAAUUAUAGACCAGUUUCAUUAACAUCAAUUGUUGGUAAAGUUAUGGAGAGAAUUAUUAAAGAUCAUAUGAUGGUGUUCCUCAUUGAAAACAAUUUAAUUUCUAAAGAGCAACAUGGUUUUGCUAAUAACAAAAGUUGUAUAACAAACCUGUUAGAAACAUUAGAUUUAAUCACCUAA